UCUUGCUAUUCUUCCCUCAAUUAACCAAACUAAAACAGAAUCUUCCUAUCGACCCCAGAACGGAUGUUGAGGCUACUGGCAUCCGAGAGAUUAUUGCUCUCCCAAAGAACUCGGAUCCUGCCUCGUUUCUACCACGAGAAGGUGAUUGAUCACUUCAACAAUCCACGCAACGUAGGGUCUUUUGACAAGAAUGACCCGGCGGUCGGCACUGGACUUGUCGGUGCACCUGCCUGUGGUGAUGUGAUGAAGCUGCAAAUUAAGGUGGAUGAUACCACUGGCGAGAUUAUCGAUGCUCGUUUCAAAACUUUCGGUUGUGGCUCCGCUAUUGCUUCCUCCUCUGUUGCUACUGAAUGGGUGAAAGGGAAGCAAAUGGAGGAAGUUUUGACCAUCAAAAACACGGAGAUUGCAAAACAUCUUUCUCUUCCACCAGUUAAGCUGCACUGCAGUAUGCUUGCAGAGGAUGCUAUCAAGGCUGCUGUAAAGGAUUAUCAAACGAAGCGUGCAAAAUUAAGUGGUGUUUCAGAAACCGAACCUGUCGAGCAAGCUGCUAAAGCUUGUUCGUGUGGAUGAGUAAUGGUGUUGAAAAUAUCCAAGAG